GAAAAAAUAUAAAAAAAUUAUUUUUAGCAGUUUUAGUCAAAUAGUCAAGCUUAACUGCAUUUAAAUCCACUAAACAUCAAUUAAUAUCCACAGCAGUAACAAUUCCAUCGAACAAGAACUCCAAAAAAUCUUCAAAAAACCUCAAAAACUUCAAAUAACAUAAAAUUUUAUAUUUGCAAAAAAAAAUCAGUAUUUUUCAAUGAAUUAAAAAAAUCUCCAAAAUUGAAACUUCCAAAAACUUUCACGAAACUUGCCAACUAUACAAGAUGAAGCAGCGCGGAGCUCGAAUGUCAAAGAUGCAGCAGGAAGUCUACAUCAAAUUUCUCGAGCAUAAUCCAAAUUUUUCGACAGGCACAAAUAGCAUUUCAUAUGAUUUAAGUACACGAGAGAGAGACUUUGAUAGACUUGUAGAUCAGCUCAAUGGCACACCGGGGGCGGUUAAGGAUCGGAAACAUUGGCAGGAGACCCUCGCAGAUUGGCGCUCAAAACUCCUCAAACGUUACAGAUAUCACUACUCAGAAGAAGUCCGCAACUCAAUGUCACAGUCGGCAGUUAAAAACCUCAAAAAAUUCGAUGAAUUCGAUGUCCGAGCACUAAAAGCACUUGGAAAAUGGGAAAAUGAUCAUGGCGGAGCAUCAAAAGUUUUAAAUAAUAGAAAAAAGAAGCGACGAAGAGUUUAUAGACGUGGCGGUGAUGAAGAGAGUGAAUCUGAUGAUCAGGAUGAGCAGGAUGAAGAUGAUUCUGAGGAUAAUGACUUUUAUUCCUUAAUGAGUCCAGCACCAGACACAUUUAAUUGUUUAAAUGUCAAAACAGAAGUUGAGAUUGAGGAUCCGCUUGUUGAGGAGAUUCAGGCGCCAAUAAUAAACAGUCAUGAGGAACCGAUGGAACCAACACCGCAAAUGUCAAGAAGGAAACGAAAAAAUGAAUUUAAAAUUCAUGAAAUUGAGUCACAGGAGCAUCAACAUGCGGAGCCUGACGAGCAUUAUGAACAAAAUGAACAGAAUUUGUCACUAACUUAUGAAAAAGUGCUGCUGGAGAAUACAAAAGCAAUGAAGCAGCAUACAGCGGCCAUUAUGGGUCUCACAGAUGCACUCAAUUCACUCACAUCGACGAUACGAUCCUACAUGUAUAAUAAAUGACGAAGGAAUUAAUUUCAAUAAUUGUAAUUUAUAAAGAAAUAAAACAAAAAGCAUGAAAAG